CCUUCCAGACGGAGCCCGCGGCUGGUGCGGCUGCCGAGCAGGGCCAGGCCGGGCCCUGCCCGCAAGGACGCCCAAGUUCUUCACCGGCCCCUGUGCCCGGGAGCCCACCGGGCUCUCUCGCGGGACCCGCCAUGACUUCAGAGCCCACGUCGCCCCCGGUAGUGCCCCCACUCCACUCCCCCAAGUCUCCUGUCUGGCCCACCUUCCCCUUCCACCGGGAGGGCAGCAGGGUCUGGGAGCGGGGCGGCGUCUCGUCCCGGGACCUGCCCAGUCCUCUGCCCACCAAACGGACCAGGACGUAUUCAGCGACAGCCCGGGCCUCGGCUGGCCCCGUGUUCAAAGGCGUCUGUAAGCAGUUCUCACGCUCACAGGGCCACGGCUUCAUCACCCCCGAGAAUGGAUCCGAGGACAUCUUUGUGCAUGUAUCUGACAUCGAGGGGGAGUACGUGCCCGUGGAAGGCGACGAGGUGACCUACAAGAUGUGCCCCAUCCCACCCAAGAACCAGAAGUUCCAGGCCGUGGAGGUGGUGCUCACCCAGUUGGCCCCACAUACUCCCCACGAGACGUGGUCUGGCCAGGUCGUGGGCUCCUAGGCUGGGGGGCUCACGUGUCAGCCGCCGGGCGGGUGGGGAGCCACACAGGGUAGAUGGGCAGCUGGGGGCUCCAGGCCCCGCUGUACUAGCUGGCCCGGUCCCUUGGGCAGCCUCAGCAUACACGUCUGUCUGUCUGUGCUUGUGGCCGUGAGCACGUGCCUCCAUCCGCCCCCCGUGACCCGUGACUGUUGCGUGAGCUGGACCAAAGGGGAGGCCCCCAGCCCCGCCUGUUCGUCCGCUGUCUCCUUCCCAUCCCUGCCACAUCCGCACAGGACCCUCUCGCCCUCCUGUCCACCGAGCCCGAGGGCCUGCGUCAGGCCUGGUCCCGGGAGGCAGGGGGCACCGGUGGGCCCCUGUCCAUACAAGCGUGUUGCCCUUGCCUCUGCUCCAGGCCUGGCCCAGGGACCAGACUCUGCUUGUGCUCCUUACACCUCCCACCCUGGGCUGGGGCCUCCCACGGUGGCCUGUAGCCCUUCCCUCAGAAGCCUGGCCAGCGAGAGCUCUGGGAGCGCCUCCCAGCCUCUGGCAGGGGAAGAGGGUAACCCUUGGAGUCAGAACCCUCCUCACUGCCACGGGCCCAGCCUCCCUUCCUUCCACCUGCUCCCUCCUCUCAGCAUCCUGGAGAGGCAGGCAAGCAGGAGCUGAAGGCAGAAGGUGGUUUUGGGGUCUCAGUUUUGCCGGCCAUGGUCCCUCUGCCUCCUCAGCCUGGCAAUGGCUCUGUGAGCUCAAGGCUGUGUCCCCUCCCCUGAGCUGCACUGAGCCACGCCGCCACCACUCGGAGACACAGAUCUGUGGAGGGGUAGGGGCACGUCUCCCCCGGCUUGGACGGAACCAUCCCCUUCGCCCUGACCCACAAACUCCGCUGAUGCUCUGCCCAUGCCCAGAUGUGGCUGCUGAGGACCCCACCAGGCAGACGUGUGUCCCCUCAGGCAGAGGCAGGCAGGGGCACCCAUAGGCUGGCCCUCAGCCCAAGACCACUAGCCCCGCAGCCCCUUGCUGGACCCUCUCCCUGAAGCUUCAGCCCUUACUGCUGGCCCCCAGUAGGCCAGCGGCUGGGGGGUAUGGUCCCGAUCUCAUGCAUUGGGUCCCUUAAGGUGUGUGUGUCUGUGCGUGUAUGUGUCUGUGUGCAUUUGCUCUCGGGUUGUGGGGGGUUGGUGUGGCCUGGGAGGCCAGAAAGGAGAGGCUUUGCCUCCACUACCCCCGCCAUCACCACCACACUCCUUCCCAGAGAACACACCAUUUGAUGGGAUAAGAAAUGGGGGUCGAGAGAAUGCCUGCCAGGGACAGUGAUCCUUGUGAGACCGGGUCUGUGAGUAAAACAGGCUCAAGUGCCCAAGAUGAGGGGUAUCUGUUUAGAACGAUCCCCAGUACUGUAGGUGCCCCGAGGCCCGCAGGGUAGCAAUGAGCUGGGGUACGUGCACCACAUGUCGGUCCCUACCAGGCUGGGGGGAGAUCAGAGCUGCUGAGAAAUGGAAUAGCCCAGCCUGACACCCUAGUCUGAGCCGGGCUGUUCGGACAAGGCCCGAGGACUUGACCCAGAGGAACAAGGACUCCCUGGCUUCCUUGGUGGAAGGUUUAUGGGUACAGGUUAACUCCUGGGAGCCCCCUGAGACUCCCUCCUUUGAGCAGACACCCCGUUUUUAGGCACUAGCCAGGACAGAAGAUGUGGUAACAUCAGCGCCAGGGCUGCCUGGGAGGCAGGGGGCGGCUGUGCCCCUCCAAACCCAUGGCCCCACAGUGUCCAAACCGCCUGGACCCCCCCCACAACCCCCAUCCUUCCUAACACUGGCAAUAAACCCUCAACUGUGACUCCGCC